UACCAGUUGUUUAGAAUUUGUAGGUGACGGAUACCUAAUGAUAAUUACUCUUAUCUGAUACAAGAUUCUUUCAUUUGUUGAUUGUGCACUUCAAUUUUUCUUUCACCAUGGCGGAAUAAGAAAAAUGUUGCCUGAAUUUAUAUACUCUGGUAGUUAUAUAUGUAUGAAGGUUGUUCGAAACAAGGAAUCAACGUAUUUGCAUGUGGCGGUAAACUGCAUAUAUCUAAUCCUACUCCAACCCAGCAAGGUUUGAAUUCAUCUCCUAAAGAUUGUCCUCUUAUCUGGUGCACACAAACAAGCAUUACCAUACCAUAGACAUGGCUAUUGAACAAGAUAUAGAGAAAGCUGAGAACAAUGCACCAGAAGAUAUAAGAGUGCCGCUUAUACCGGAAGAGAAAACUCUAGCUGACGGAGCCGGUGCUGAAGAUGAAACCGGGAAAGACAGCAAAGGGCAUCAGUGGAUGCUGUACUUUAGCACGUUCGUCGCAGUUUGUGGCUCUUAUGCAUUUGGAUCCUGUGCAGGUUAUUCAUCUCCCACUCAGUCUGCUAUUGUGGAAGAUCUCGGUCUAUCUCUGUCUGAGUACUCAUUGUUUGGUUCCAUAUUGACUUUCGGUGCAAUGAUUGGUGCGAUCACAAGUGGGGUGAUUGCUGACUUCAUCGGUCGCAAAGGGGCAAUGAGAUUGUCAAGCGCUUUCUGUGUUGCAGGAUGGCUAGCCAUUUAUUUUGCCGAGGGUGUUUGGCCUCUGGACAUAGGAAGGCUAGCAACAGGAUAUGGAAUGGGAGUAUUUUCCUAUGUGGUGCCUGUGUUUGUUGCUGAAAUAGCACCAAAGAAUCUACGAGGAGCAUUGACAACCCUAAAUCAGUUCAUGAUAGUUGCUGGAGUAUCUGUUGCCUUCAUAAUAGGGACAGUGCUAAGUUGGAGGACUCUAGCAUUAACAGGAAUAAUCCCAUGUGCAGUUUCGGUGUUAGGUCUCUUUAUCAUUCCCGAGUCUCCCAGAUGGCUGGCAAAUAAGGGACGUCAAAAAGAUUUUGAAGCUGCACUUCAGAAGCUUCGUGGCAAGGAUGCUGAUAUCUCUUGCGAGGCAGCUGAAAUCCAAGAUUACAUAGAAACUCUUCAACUCCUCCCAAAAGCCAGUUUGUUCGAUUUGUUUCAAAGAAGAUACUUGCGCUCAGCCAUUAUAGGAGUUGGGUUGAUGGUCUUUCAACAAUUUGGGGGUAUAAAUGGAAUCUGCUUCUAUGUCAGCAGUAUUUUCGAAUCAGCAGGAUUUGAUUCCAACCUUGGAACAAUAAUCUAUGCAGUUCUCCAGGUUAUAGUUACUGGUCUUAGUGCAACCUUAAUAGAAAAGGCCGGAAGAAAGCUCCUUUUAUUGGCUUCUGCAACAGGAUUGGUCAUAGGCUGUGUACUAACAGGGACUUCAUUCUUUCUGACGUCAUAUGAAUUAUCAGUCGAUGCAGCACCUGUACUUGCUGUAGUAGGCAUCCUGGUGUACAUAGGGGCCUUUUCAGCUGGAAUGGGAGCAGUCCCCUGGGUUAUAAUGUCCGAGAUAUUCCCUAUAAAUAUUAAAGGAGUAGCUGGAAGCCUAGCAACACUUGUGAACUGGUUUGGUGCAUGGGCAGUUUCCUACACUUUCAAUUUUCUCAUGGCCUGGAGCUCUUAUGGUACCUUUGUUAUAUAUGCUGCAAUCAAUGCACUUGCUAUCGUGUUCGUGCUCAUGGUGGUACCUGAAACAAAAGGGCGAACAUUGGAACAGUUACAGGCUGCCAUUAAUGGUUAGGAGAUGGCAUAAAAGAAAAACAGAAGCAGCUGUCUUUAGAAAGGUUUUUAUCUGAUUCUUUUGGCAACUCCAUGAGAUGUCCUGAGAAAGGCAAAAUUUUCAACAUGAAUGCUGUGAUUUUAUUCUCAAAAACCAUUAUAGUAUGUAAUGAGUUUUAUCUGUGAUUUUAUUGGAAAAUGUGAGUUUAUAAA